UUUCAGUUGUUCCACACCUUUACCAACUUUUGUUAUUUAGGAAUUUUAAAUUUUAUCAAUUCUAGUAUGAAAUGGUAUCUUACUGUUUUAAUUUGCAUUUCCCUACUGACUAAUAAUGUUGAACAUCUUUUCUUAUGCCUAUUUGCCAUCCAUAUAUCCUCUUUGAAGUCUCUGUUUGUACUUGUUUGCCCAUUUUAAAUUUAUCUUUUUUUGUCUAAUUGAGUUGUGUAUUUUAUAUUUUCUGGAUACCAAUCCUUCGUCAGAUAAGUAGUAUGCAAUAUUUUCUACCUGUCUGUGGCCUGUCUUUUCAUUUCCUGAACUGUGUCUUUUGAAGAACAGAAAUUUUAAGUUUUUGACAAAGUCCUGUUUAUCAAUUAUUUUUUCCUUUAUGGCUUGUGCUUUUUGUGUUUAUCUUAAUACAUUCUUAAUAGGUUAACUAUUUUGUAUAUCAAAUUAACAGCUCUCACAGUCAUUAAUUGGUACUUUAUUCUUACAAUAAUAAAGAUCAAUGUAUCUCUCAAGAGAUUAAUACAAUUUUUAUUCCAUCUUACAUAUAGACUUAAUAAAUACAAAUGGUACACUUUUUUUAUAUUACUCAGAUUGUUAUGCUGGUCACUGUGCCAUCGUGCAAUAAUUGGUCACUAACAGUUAAGGGAUACCAAAAGUGAUAUUGCAGGAGACGUUCAGUUACUUCUGAAGAUCAGAGAUGAUUUUUGCCUAAGUCAAACUUUGGGAUAUCCCUAAUUUACAUUGGCUGGUUCUUUGUGUUUAUUUUGGCAUUAAGUACAGAUUUAAAUCUUUCCACAAAGAGACUCAAGCGCAAUCAUAAUUUUUCACAAGACUAAGUCAUAUGCUGGCUACCCAAGCAUUUGCUGACUAUUUGUUGUACAGGGACACAGGCCCUACUCACAAGGAUGGCUAUGGGAACAUUAUGCAAAGGGAGUUAUUAAGCAAUUAGCUUUGCGAUCCCUCUGGCGUAUCUUCCUCCUGCUGUGGAAUCAAGAGAGUGGUUUGGAUGAGGCUUGUGGCCUUUAAUAUUUCAUGUGUAUAAGGAUCACUGUCAUCCAGACAUCGGAACUUUUAAAAUUCCAUGACUUUCCUUCACUGUACCAGAGUAAUUGUGACCCAGCUUCAUUUGCUUAAAUGCAGUUAAGGUUUUGCUGAAUUUUUAGUGUUUAAGAGAUUGCGUUGGGGUACCAGGUGAUAGGAAGAGAAAAUAAAAGGUUUCUGCCCCCGAGUUGACACUCUUGAGUGUAACACAACUGUGCACAGUGAGCCAAAGGGUGAGGCAGGCUGUGUGGCUGAGUUUAGGGUAUGCGGGGAUCAGUUGUAGGAGAUGAGACAGGAAACAUAUUCAGGCAAUACAUUGUGGGGGACCUUGAUUGCCCUUUUGGGGCCCAAGGCUGCAUUCCAUUAAAAAGUGAAUUGGCAUUCAUGAGUGAAGGCUUGGGCUGAUAUAGGCCUACCUGAGAGUGACCCUGGCCUCCUAUGCUCUAUGUUGUUGAAAACAGUAAGAGUUAAGAUAAUUGGGGGAUGUUGCGCCUGCCUUGGUUGUCACAUGGAGCUGCCCCUCCACUGGGAAGCUGUAAAUUGGCAUGGGGGCAUUUGGCAUGCCUGAGGGUGGUAUAAAAGAUUGACAGGAAAAGGGGCUGUUUUUUUCAUCAACAAAAUCCGCAAACAUCUUGCCUAUCAUCCGUGGCAGUCAUACGUGACCUGUGUGGAUGAGGGACACAAGUAGCUGUAGACUUGGGUAGCUGCUGGGCCUCCCAUUGAGAUGAAGCUGCGGUCCCUGAUGGGUUUCCUCUCCUGUGUCCUAAUAUAAAGAUAAGUAAAUAUUGUAUUAAAUGGAAACCAGUGUGUGUCUUGGGGCUCUGGUUGCCGCUUGGUCUCAUCACCAUAGCUGUGCCACUGCACUGACACCUUGAAAUGGAAGGUUAGCAUUACAAACUGGGCUAAGUGGACUUGUGUUGGGGAUGCAGGGGAUCUGAAUGGGGGUUAGAGCAAUGACAAGGUGAGAAUAGGGAGGAUCAUCUGCCUUCAGGACAGACACUGAGACUCCUGUCAGCAGUUCUGGCACAUGGUCUGGGGAAGAAGGAAGAACAGAACUUCCAACUUUAGCUCUGGUGAGAGGUCUGAAUGGGGUCAAGGGCUCUUCUUAGCUGUUUAAACAUUUUAAAAGUUUUUAUUUUAAAUAACAAAAUUUAACAGUGCUUAUAUAAGCCAGGCACCAUUCCAGGCAUUUUAUUUUAUUUAUUUUUAUUAUUUUGUUUUUGAGACAGGGUCUUGCUCUGUUACCCAGGCUGCAGUGCAGUGGUGUGAUCAUGGCUCACAGCAGCCCCAAUGUCCUGGGCUCAAACGAUCCUCCCAACUUCGGCCUCCCAAAGUGUUAGGAUUGCAGGAGUGAGCCAUGGCUCCUGGUCCAUUCCAGACAUUUUAUAAAUAUUAACUCAUUUAAUUCUUCUAACAACUCAAUACCAUUUAUAGUUUCCUGAUAGAAAAUUGAGGCACAAAGAAGUUGAGUGACUUGCCCAGGUCAUGUAGCUUAGUAAAUGAUGAAGCUGAGCUUUGAAUCCGGGCAGUCUGCCUCUAGACUCCCUGCUCUGAACCCUUCUGAUUCCUAUAGCUCCUCUUCCCCAUUUUUCCUCAUAAGAAAUAAGUGGUUUAUGGUUUUGCUCCAGUGUUUGGGUUUCUUUGCGGCCGCUCAAGAUCAACCAAUUCUUCGGGAAAGUGAAACCCAAGGCUCCACUGCCCAGCCUGACUGACUGCAUUGACACGGUGGACAGCAGGGCAGAAUCCAUUGACAAGAAGAUUUCUCGAUUGGAUGCUGAGCUAGUGAAGUAUAAGGAUCAGAUCAAGAAGAUGAGAGAGGGUCCUACAAAGAGUAUGGUUAAGCAGAAAGCCUCGUGAGUUUUAAAGCAAAAGUGGAUGUAUGAGCAGCAGCAGGGCAAUCUUGCCCAAUAGUCAUUCAACAUGGAACAAGCCAAUUAUACCAUCCAGUCAUUGAAGGACACCAAGACCACGGUUGAUGCUAUGAAACUGGGAGUAAAGGAAAUGAAGAAGGCAUACAAGCAAGUGAAAAUCGACCAGAUUGAGGAUUUACGAGACCAGCUAGAGGAUAUGAUGGAAGAUGCAAAUGAAAUCCAAGAAGCACUGAGUCGCAGUUAUGGCACACCAGAACUGGAUGAAGAUGACCUAGAAGCAAAGUUGGAUGCACUGGGUGAUGAGCUUCUGGCUGAUGAAGACAGUUCUUAUUUGGAUGAGACAGCAUCUGCACCUGCAAUUCCGGAAGGUGUUCCCACUGAUACGAAAAACAAGGAUGGAGUUCUGGUGGAUGAAUUUGGAUUGCCACAGAUCCCUACUUCAUAGAUUGGCAUCAUUCAAGUAUAUCUUGUAAAACAAACACAUAUUAUGGGACUAGGGGACUAGGAAAUAUUUAUCUUUCCAAAUUAACAUAACAGAUUUACGUUUCUUUCCUUUCUUUGAAGGAAAGUUUAAUUACAUUGCUCUUUUAUUUUUUCCAUUAGGAGACUCAUUGUUUGGGAAACGCUUUUUUUGUACUAAAAUUUGAUUCCUUUUUUUCUUAUGAAAAUUGAACUUAGUUUAAAGGUAUCUUUGGCUUGUAUGACUUGUUUUCAUUCAUUAGUAAUAAUUUGAAAUAAAACUAAGGAAAUGGAAUGUUAAAAAUCUAUGACACUAUAACUCUGCAGUCUCAAAAUGACCUGAUAAACUGAUAAGACAAAGAUGAGAUUAUUGGGGCUGUUCAUAUUAUGUUUCAGAACCAUUUUCUAUUGUGGUAUUAUAGGUUGGUUAAAGUGAUGGCCUUUUUGAUGGGUUUUGUUGUGUCUUGUGAACAAAUCAUUACUGUGUCCAAUAUUGGAAUGGAGUUAUCACUACUGUAUCAUGAGUGGGUAUUUUUAUUCUAUGGUUCCCUCAGUAUUACAUCUUGGCUUGUAAUCAAUAAUGAAUAUUUCUUGAUAUUUAAUGUAUAGGACAUUUAUUUAUACUCAAUAAAUAUUUUUCAAAAGGAUAUAAUUUUAAUGAUAUCACUUCAGCUUAAAACCUCUACUGCGGAAACCACAUUUAAUAGAAUUUUAAUGUCAUUUUAGCCUAUAACUCCACUCCAGAAACCAAGUUAACCAUUGUGAGGAAAGAGCAAGGAACAAUCUGGGCUUGGGCCCUGGGUCUACCAUUUACUAACUACUGAGUAGUCUAUUCAACUUCUCUAAGCUUCUGUUUCCUUAUUAGUAAAAUCAUGCUUAUAUCUCAUAGAGCUUUUGUGAGGAAUAAUUGAGGUAAUGGUCAUAAGUACCUUAUUAACCGCAAUGGGCUAUUCUCAUAUGAGGGAUUGUUAACAAUAAAAAAGCAACUGCUUCAAAGAA